ACACAGACACACACACUCACACACACACACACUCACUCACACACACGCACAGGCAGACCCAUGUAGAUAUGUUUAGGCGAAAACAAAAAACAAAAGAGAUUGAUAAUUACAUGCAAAAAGUGAUGAUGAAAGUGCAUUUCACAACUAUUUUACUUAUAUGCUUUGAGCAAUUGACCAAGGCCAUUGCCCAAGGCAUGCCAGUCAGUCCGUGUCCAAAGAUCUUUCAAUACAGAUUCGAUGGCAGUGAAUGGUUUGGUCUAAUUGCCGUACGAAAUCCAGCUGUACAAGCACUACAAAUACGCGUUACGCUCUCCAUGCGAGGCAAACCAACGACGAAUUAUCUUGGCGAAAUAGAGUUGCUGACACGUGGACAAUUUACGAACAAUGCACCAGUGCUCUACAAAAUUCGAUUUCCAAAAAAUCACUUUCCCCCCAAAUUGGUGCUCAUUUCGGCUAACAAUAAUGUGAUUUGUUUUGGAUCCGGCGAUCACAGCAUUUUCAUGACACAAAUUCAGUUGGAGCAUACACGAAAAUUGACUUUUAUACCAGAUAAGAAAACAUCGGGUCUGUUGCCUCAUCCAGACGGUGGCAGUUUCGGAAUGGCAGUUGGUAAGGAGUUGCCAGGCUCGAAGCCUCUGCCGCACAUCCAGUUCAAGAAAAAACCGUUCUAUUCGCCCGGUGAAAUCUGUGGUAAGAUCGAUAAAAGUUUUGACUUUCGAUUGCCUCAACGAAGGCAACGUACAAUAAUCAUAUCCACCAGCCCCGCCCCAGCAAGUACUACGUCCCAUGAUGGGAUUCGUCUCAAUGCCGAUCAAGAUCACCAUCCGCCGCCUACUUUUGUUUCGCUCGGUGAAUACGACAACGAUGGCGAUGAGCUCGAUGUGGAGAGCGAGGUAGACGAUGGCGAUGAAUUAGUAGACGAGGACACGGCCGACUCAAUAAUUAUGGUGGAUGGACAGAAUGCAACGACGGCCAAUAUCCUGCCAUCGAUAACAAGGGGUGCCUGGCCCUGGCUGGCAGCGAUUUACGUCAACAAUCAGACAUCGUUGGAUUUUCAGUGUGGCGGCACUUUGGUCUCUGCCCGUGUCGUCAUCAGUUCGGCACACUGCUUCCAAAUGUUCAAUCAACGCUACACGGCAAACGAGGUGCUCGUCUUCUUGGGCAGGCACAAUCUGAAGAACUGGAAUGAGGAGGGCUCGUUGGCGGCCCCAGUCGAUGGCAUCUACAUACACUCCGACUACAACCAACAGUUGAGCAACUACGAUGCGGACAUUGCUGUCAUCAUGCUCAAAGAUGAAGUCCGCUUCAACUCAUUCAUACUGCCCGUUUGCUUGUGGUCGGGCUCCAGCAAGUCGGAGUAUGUCGUGGGCGAGCAUGGCAUUGUCAUUGGCUGGAGUUUCGAUAGAGCGAAUGCAACGCAUAAAUCACCAUCAAGGGGCUUCUCGUGGGCUGGUGCUUCAGCUGCUACUGAAUCCAGCAUACCGAUUGUGGUCAAAGCACCGAUUGUUUCCAACGAGGUGUGCUUCGCGGCGAAUCCACACUUUCGCAGCCUCUCCUCGAAUCGUACAUUCUGCGCGGGAAUUGUGGUCGAUGCGAGGACGGCCAGUUUGCGCCGGACUAGCAUCUAUACGGGCAUAUCCGGUGCGGGCCUGAUUAUACGUAAGAACAAUCGUUGGAUGCUACGCGGUACAGUUUCGGCCGCCUUACCCGCAGCGGCGGCUGAGGGAUCACCAAGUGGCGUCUCUGCUGCUAGUCAAUAUAUCAUUUAUGCAGAUGUGGCAAAGUUUAUUGAUUGGAUUAUGGCAUUUAUUAUCUAGUUAGUGAGAUCUGUCAAAUAAAUACCAGCUCUUGUGA